UGCAGAGCGUUGGAGCCGGAACGCUAAGUGACAUAUACAGAGUUGAAGAUCGUGGAACCGCAUAUGGAAUUCAAUUCGGAGGAGUAUUACUUGCUCCACUAGCGGGACCAGUCAUUGGCGGUUAUGUUGGCGAAUACUUGGGAUGGAGGUGGAUUUUCUGGUUGAUCGUCAUUAUCGGAACGCUCUUGUUCGGAGUAAUGUUUUGCCUACCAGAAACAUAUAGAAUACCAAAUGAAUCAGAAAAGUGUAUAGAGGGUAGCGGAGAAAGAGAGGACGAGAGACUACCGGUGACAUGUAACGAUGUGAUCAACUAUGAACUAGAAAAACAAGAGGACCUGAAUGAGACAAGAAAAAACGAUAGUCAAAUUCGUAUUGACAUCCCUCUAGAUAUAUCUAAAGCAUCCAUGAAUCCGUCAUCUCCAACCUCUCCUACUACGACUCUUUUCUCUUCAUCCCCAACAUCUCCUACCAUUGCUCCAACAUCUCCUACCAUUGCUCCAACAUCUCCUACCAUUGCUCCAACAUCUCCUACCACUAACCUUUCACCCUCGGCUCUUACAUUUCCUAAAACUCUUCCGACUUGCUCAUCUCCAACACUCCCGCGCCAGCCUAAAAAAAAGCAUAAUCGCUUAUCUUCCAUAUUUCUCUUCCUAUCACCUCUCCGCCUACUACGUUAUCCGAAUGUCGCAUUGGUGGUCGCAUGCACCUCCGUAUUAUUUUCCACGGGAUACACGCAAGACACACUCGUGUCGGCUACGUUUCAAGUUGACCAUUAUUCAUUAUCACCUGCCACAUCAGGGUUUGUAUUUUUAUCCAGCGGGUUAGGAUACCUGAUAGGAAGCGUGUUGGGCGGAAAGUAUACGGAUAUGAUGCUUGCAAGGCAGACAAGGAAGAACAACGGAGUGCAAUACGCAGAAAUGAGAUUGAAAAGCGCAUGGUUGGGAGCCAUCUUCUUUCCGGUAGCUAUUAGUGCUUAUGGCUGGUGUGUAGAGAAAAGUGUGUUCAUUGCAUGGCCUCUGCUUGCUAUGUUUUUUGAUGGCAUAAGCAUAUUUCUAAUAACUUCAAGUAUGGUAUCUUACCUGAUUGAUGCAUUUCCUGGACUGUCAGCAUCAGUCAUGUCGGUCAACAUUUGUCUGCGGUACAUCUCCGCUUCUGUAAUGUCUAUCCUUGCUACUCCAAUAAAAGAUGCAAUUGGUAAUGGGUGGCUAUUUACGAUACUAGGUUGUCUUGAGAUCUUGGGAGCUUGUCUGCUGACAGUUACAUAUUUUAAGGGCAGAGAGUGGAGGGAGAAGAUUAACAUGAGGGAAAAGGUGAAAGAGGAUGAAAGUAAGAAUUGA